AUGACGUCACUAAUUCCAAAUGUAUUCAAUGUUGAGGACAAUCAAAUUAAUCAUCAAUACUACUCAAAUGUUAAUUAUAUUAAAAACAAUUCAACCUCUUCAACAUCAGCAAGCUCUUUACUAUCAAAAAUUAAUAAACAUGCUUUGACUAUUACAAAUUCAAAAUUUAUUCAUCAUAAUAAAACAUUAGAAACAACUAUUGAAUGUAUUGGUUCAUUAUAUAAUCAAUCUUGUUUGUAUCACAAUUUAUAUUAUGUUGAUAGCACAUUUAUGAUUUUAACAGUUAAAGGAAGGGACUUACCAUCAUAUUCGGUACGAAUAGGUGCUUUUAUACUAUGGCCUACAACCCCACACAAACGUGUUUUUGAUUCAUAUUCUCAUCUUGAAAAAUUUGUUCGUAAUGUUAUUGAUCCAAGAAUAAUUCCAUCUGUUACUCUUCAUUUUAGUCAAUAUUGGCAUGAUAAUAUUGGUCAUGCAUUAUUUGAUGGACUUUAUCCAGCAUAUGUUGCACUCACUCGUUUUUCUCCAAGACAUCUUCAUCCUUUUCGCAUUCUUGCUGGAAUAAACAACUGUAAUGCAUGUUGGAGUGAAGAUAUUUAUAGUCGUUUUGGUGGUCUUGGAAUUCUUAAACAAAGUGUUCUAAAUAAAAUGUCAAAAGGAUAUUGGUUUAUGUUUGAAGAACUUGUUAUGGGUAGUGGAACAUUAUGUCAACGUUGUAUACAACCUAAUUUACAAUUACCUGGAGGUGUUGAAUUAGAUGGUUCAAGACUUUUUCGUGAUAGAAUCUAUCAACAACAUGGUCUUAUUCAUCCAAUUAUUAGACAAAAAUCUUCAUCUGAAAAGCGAACUCCACAUGAUCUUCUUUUAGCAUAUAUUAUUGAUAAUAAACGUUUUACAAGUAAUGAUAGAAAAGAAAUCAUUAAUGCUAUAAAUGAAAUAAAUAAUUAUACGAAUUCUUAUUUGAAUAAAACUAAAAAUAACACAGCUAAAUUACAAUGGCCAUUAGUUCGUGUCUCUUAUCUUUUCUACAAGCAAGUUAGAGCUCCAAAUCGUAGUUUCAUUCAAAUAAAUGCCACACAAAUUGAUUCUCGAUCUCCAACAUAUGAAUUAAUUGAAAAUAAUUUUAUCGCUCAAUUAAAAAUCUUGCGUCAAAUGGAUAUUCAUAUAACUGGACCAGGUACUGGACAAAUGUAUCAAACAUUUUUAUCAGAUGGAUCUAUAACUAUUAAUCUUGGAGGUAUAAAACCACGAGGAUCAGAAAAUACAGAAAAAGCAUAUAGUUCAUAUCUGGAACAAUAUAUGACAAGUGGUACACCAUAUAUUAAAGGUCUUUAUUAUCCAAUUAAUGAACGACAAAAAGGUAUUAAAAAAGAUGAAGUUAUUAAAUUAAUUCGACAAGCAUCAAAACUUAUUCUUGAAGGUUUUUCAUUACCAGUCAAUGCUCAUGAUAAUCUAGCACCUGAUGGACAAUUAUUUGUUGAAAUGUGUGAAAAAGAUAAAGAAUUUUGUUCUCAAGUUACAACAAGAAUACCGAAUACGAAUUUUAGUUGUUUAGAUUUCUGGGUAGAAGAUUUUAUACAUGAACAUCGUCAAUGGCAAGCAGGAGGUUUUAUUGAUAAUGGUCGAAAUAUUAGUUGUCCAUUUAAUCAUUCAUUGUUACAUGAAUUAAGAGAAAAAUAUGGAAUUAAACACAAAAAUCGAAUCAUUGAUUAA